AUGGAUGAUCAGCUGCCUGUGAUUGAAUCGCAUCUAUCAAGCGAAAAGCCACGGACCUCGGCUGAGAUAGAGAGACGGAUCACAUCAAACUCUAUCGGAUCGUCGACUGGCUCAAGCAGCUCCUUUGAAUAUGACCCACAGAUUCAUAGGCUGCAAUCGCGGAAUACAGAGCUGGACUUGGAACGCCAUCGCACUGGCACGUCGCGAGCAUUGAGCAGGACUGAGACGCAACGCGCUCAACAUGCGCUCACUGUGGGCGAGAGUCUUCGAUCGCGACCAUCACGGACUCCAUUGCCAGCUUUCGGUGGAGGCAAGCCCUACCCUCCACCUCUCCCUGAACGGGAGGAUUACGUUGUGGAGUUUGAUGGGCCAGAUGACCCAUUAUACCCACUGAACUGGUCUGUGAAAAAGAAAUGUUACAUCAGUGCCAUGCUCGCCUUCACCAGUAUUUGUUCCACCUUCGAUUCCGCCGUUUUUAGUGCUUCAUCGAGUAAUGUUUCAAAACACUUCGGCGUCAGUCUCGAAGUCGCCAUCCUCUCCAGCUCUCUAUACAUCGUCGGCUACGCCUCAGGUCCCUUGGUAUGGGCUCCCCUAUCCGAACUCCAGGGCCGUCGAAUCCCCAUUCUCAUCGCCAUGUUCGGAUUUGGCGUGUUCAAUAUCGGAGUGGCAGUCGCCAAAGAUUUGCAGACACUCAUGAUCUGCCGGUUCUUCUGUGGUAUGUUCGGCAGUUGUCCCUUGGCAGUCGUGGCUGCUGUAUUCUCUGAUAUCUGGGACAACCGCACCCGUGGUGUUGCCAUUGCCAUAUUCUCCUCAACGGUGUUCCUGGGCCCUCUCGUGGCACCUUUCAUCGGAGGCUUCAUUAACAUGUCAUAUCUCGGCUGGCGCUGGACCGCCUAUAUCCCCGCGAUUAUGGGCUUUUCCGCUUUCAUCAUGAAUCUUUUCUUCCUGAGGGAGUCAUACCCACCUGUUGUGCUUGUGGCUAAGGCCGCGGAGCUACGUCGUCGGACUAAGAACUGGGGAAUUCAUGCAAAGCAAGAGGAGAUCGAGGUCGAUCUUCGCGACCUGAUCGUGAACAACUUCUCUCGCCCGCUUCGACUGCUGAUUAACGAACCCUUGAUCCUAGCGGUCACUGUCUACCUGAGUUUUAUCUACGGAUUGCUCUACUGCUUCUUGACCGCCUAUACUCUGGUCUUCCAGGGUGUUUACGGGAUGAACGCCGGUGUUGGAGGUCUCCCACUCUUCGGCAUGGUGGUGGGCCUGUUCACCGCCGCGGCGUACAUCAUAAUCUCGAGCAAGGCCUACAAUAAGAAACUCGAAAUGAACGGUGGUGUCCCCAUUCCCGAGUGGCGUCUCCCGCCUGUAAUACUCGGCGGUGGUCUCUUCGCUGCUGGGCUCUUCUGGUUUGGGUGGGCUGGCUUUAGUGGUAACGUCCACUGGAUCGUACCCACCUUGAGUGGCCUGUUUACUGGAUUUGGCCUUCUGGUCAUCUUCAUCCAAUUGUUCAACUAUCUGAUUGACACAUAUCUCAUGUUUGCCGCAUCAGCCAUCGCAGCAAACACAUUCUGCCGCUCAAUGGUGGCAGCCAGCUUCCCGCUCUUCUCACGCCAAAUGUUCCAUGGCAUGGGUAUCCAGUGGGCCGCUACGCUUCUCGGAUGUGUCGCAGCCGUCCUUGUUCCGAUUCCUAUUGGAUUCUACUUCUUCGGAAAGAGACUCAGGAUGAAGAGCAAGUUCGCACCAUUUUAUGAAGCUGUCCAGGAGGGACACGCAGCUGAGGAGGCCGACGAGCAGGCGGAGGAGACGGUGCACCAGCACUGA